AUGACUAGUCCGAGCUACAAUCUUUCUAAAUAUGUCUGCAAAAUAUAUCAAAUGUCCAUCCAGACCAAAUACAACGUACGUGAUUCCCGCAGCUUCUGCCAAUACGUGAAUAACAUUACCAUUCCACCACAAUGCGAAAUGAUAUCACUGGACGUCAUAUCGCUGUUCACCAACAUUCCCAAGGAAUUAAUUAUCCGUGAUACCAUAAACAGUUGGGGAUCGCUGAGAACUAAUACCAAUAUCAAUUUGGAUCUGUUCCUGGAAAUCGUCAACUUCUGCUUGGAUUCAAGUUACUUUAUGUUCAGAGAUCAAUAUUACUCUCAAAUAGCGGGUGCAGCCAUAGGAAAUCCUCUCUCACCGAUACUCUCUGAUCUCAUUAUGGAACCACUCAUUGACUCCGUUUUACGCAACAUUUGUUUCCCUGUUCACACAAUACGCAAAUAUGUCGAUGAUCUGUUUCUUAUAAUUCCCAAAGAUAAGAAAAACGAAAUACUGACAGCUUUUAAUUCAUAUCAUAGCAACAUUCAAUUCACCAUAGAAGAGGAACAAAACGGACGACUAGCAUAUCUGGAUAUGACACUCAUACGACAAGCUGAUAACUCAAUACGCACUGAAUAUUAUACGAAAACUAUUGCCUCCGGACGACUAUUGAACUACCGAUCCAUCCACCCACUGUCGCUAAAAAUUAAUAUAGCUUCUAAUUUCAUAUCACGAGUAAACGAUCUAUCCACCAACUUAACUGAUACCCAGAAGAGAAACAUUAUAGUUCAACAGCUUAAAUUAAAUGACUAUCCUCUCAGUUUAAUCAAUCGAUGCUGGAAUCGAAUGAAAACCGCUAAGAACAUCCAAACCACCCACAAUACACCCGCAGCAGAAAGAAUAUAUCGGUCGAUACCGUAUAUACCGAUGUUAACGCCCCAUAUAGUUAGGAUAUUGAAACAGCAGUACCCAGAAGUUUGUGUAUCAACGCGAUGUACACACACCGUGAGCAAAUUUUUCACCCAGAUCAAAGACCCCGUUCCCGCAUUACUUAAACAUAAUGUCAUAUAUAAAAUACCCUGCAGCAACUGUGACAAAAGUUACAUUGGCAUGACCAGCAAUCUGCUUAAGAGCAGACUCUCCAACCACCAGAGCAACAUAAACAAACUCGAUCAGCUGUUGAACUCAGGACUUCCAUACACCGACCCCGCAAUACGUUCUCUCAGAGAGAAAACAGCACUCAUCUCCCAUUGUAUCGACGAGCGUCAUCGGUUUAACCUUACCGAAACCAAAAUAUUAGACUUCACACACAGGAAAUCAUCUCUGAGCUUGCUCGAGAUGGUAUGGAUCUACAACGACACAUCCACAGUCAACAAACGCACCGACGUAGACGGACUAAAUGCUACAUUCGCUGGCAUCUUGCAUGCAAUAGACAAACACAGAAACAAACAGCAACAGAUAGUAAACAGCAUAAACUAA